AAAAGCAACAUUUGUUAUAAUUUUCGAAAUCUUUUAAAAAUUAUGUAUAUUUGUGCCCAACAAUGGUAGGUCGAUACCUAACCAUUAUAGCAACCUUAAUCCACUGUAAAUAUGUUACAAUAAUUUGGGUGAUUGGUGGACCAGGCAGCGGCAAAGGAACUCAGUCUAGUAAAAUAGCACAAAAGUAUGGAUUCAUGCAUAUUGAUCCCGUCGCAUUGGUUGGUGAAGAGGUGGAUAGCUUGGUAAUUUUUAAAGGCAUGUCUUUAAAACUUACAAAUUUAUGCUUUACACAGAUUGUAGGACAAACGGCUACUGGUAAAAAAUUUGAAAAGUCACUAACGGACGGAAAUUCAGUACCCUUGUCAGAAAUUAUACUUGAAAUGAAUAGCAAUCGUGAUGGUCUCAAGGGAUUCGUCACUGAUGGAUACCCUGUCGAUAUGGAGGAGGCAAAAGUAUUAGAGAAUGUGUUUGGAUCGCCCAGUAUGAUCAUUGCGUUGGAAUUGGAAGAGCAAAUGGAAAGUCGUAGUAGUUCCACUUCAUAUGGCCCUGCAGCUCGGCCUUGUUUAACUUCGUAUAUUGAUACAUCGAAAGACGUGAUGGAUAAUUACGCAGAAAUCACUCUGAAAAUUGAUGCCAACCAAGCACCAGAAAGUGUUUUUAAGGAAAUACAAAUGAGUAUGGAUACGUGGGUCAACAGAAAUCGCCAGAUAGUGUUGGCUCGAUAGACAAACGUUUUCCUAAACUAUGGGAAAAGGUGUUCCAUGAAAACACUCUUGAAAUCCGAUAAAGAAUCAGCUUUGAUAAAAAAAAAGCCAAUUUAUAACUCCACCCCGGAAUUGUAUUGUAACUGAAAAAGUUCCAGUUCUUAUGUAUAAUAAACUUUGAAGGAAAGUAUGCAACCAGUUUAUAUAAUCGUAUAGGAUAUUUUAAUGAAGUGCGAAAAAGAAUUGAUUUCCGAAAGCAUGGUGGUUGGAAAUAAUGAAAAAAGAAAAGUCCAAAUUGUAUGUUUCAAUGUUUUAAGAAAUAAGAAUAUUUAUAGAGCAGAAAAAUGGAAUUGCCGGCUAAGAGUCUUUAUCGAAUUUAAAGCAUCAACCUAAAAUGGUUACAAAGAUACAUACAUCGAAUUUCAUUUCCUAUGUUUAAAGAACUCAAAAAAAAAAAAUUAAAAGAAUAUUUUUAGAGCAGAAACAUGGAUUUGCCGAUUAAAAGUCCUAAUCAGAUCAAACCAGA